AUGCUGGACUGGACGACGAUUUCCAACCUGUUCGAAAGGGCUUCGAAUAACGUGGUUCUCACGUUGAAAUUAGUAAGGUGUGUACUUGGCGACCCCACGAAAUUCAAGCUUCAUCCCCGUCUACUGGAAGCUCUUAUACAGCACGAAAACUUACUUCAGGCUUGUGAAGACUUGAUUCCUGGGUUCGCUGAUAUGUUGGAUUGCCACUAUAAUUCUAUUAUGCUCUCCCAAUCGAGCCGGAAACGCCUGCCUUAUAUAAAGCAUGUUUUUUCAAGAAAAAUUAAUUAUCACCAAUUUUUAGUAUAUUUUCGGAUUUAG